AUGCUGGCGGACCACUUCCAAGAUGUCGCCGUCAUGGCAGACCAUCUCCUUCGCUGGUCUUCAAAGAAUCUCAACUCAAACAAGACCCUGGGCAUCUUGAUCUUACAAGCCGCCCUGCUGGCUCUCAUCCUCGACUAUGGCCGAAUGCUAUGGCUGCGUUUCAAAAUGCCCCCCGGCCCGUUCCCGCUCCCCAUAAUCGGCAAUACCUGGCAGCUCCCCGAGAACAAGCCCUGGCUCUAUUUCGAAAAGCUCUCCAAACACCACAACUCUCCCGUCAUCACCUUCUGGAUCGGCCGCAACCCCACCGUCUGGAUCAACGAUGCCUGGGCCGCCUCCGAGCUCCUCGACAAGCGCGCGGGGCUUUACUCUUCGCGCCCACGCAUGGUCGUCUUCGCCGAGCUGGGCUCCGGACAGGCUAACCUCGUCAAUAUGUACACUGGGACGCAGGAGCAGCGCGAAAAGUGGCGGGCGCGCCGGAAGCUGAUUCACCAUGGUGUCGGCGUGCAGUCUGUCCGGAAGUACCGCUCAUUCCAGAACGAUGAGAGCCGCGUCGUGGCACUCGACAUGCUGGCCAAGCCGGCCGACUACGUCAAGUCGUUUGAGCGCUACGCUACGAGCGUCGUGUCCAUCAUCGGCUUCGGUAGACGCGUCGAGAGCUGGGAUGAUCCCAUCAUCACGGAGGUCAUCGCCACCAUGCACCUCGCCGCCGAUCUCAACGUCCCCGGGAAAUCCUUCCCCAUGCUCAUGGAGACUUUCCCCUGGCUGGCUCGCUUCCCCGAUGCUCUGGCCCCGUGGAAGUGCGGACUAGGUCGUAAGCGCGGCUUCCACUUCUUCUACGCCCUCGCCGACGAGGCAAACCAGAAAAAAGGCCACGAAGACUCUUUCGUCAAGUACCUCUUCUCCGAACGUGAAAAGUACCAGCUCAAGGAAGAGGAUAUCUCUAGCCUGACGGGCAAUCUCUUCGGCGCCGGCAGCGACACGAGCAGCAGCACCCUCAUCACCUUCAUCCUCGCCUGCUGCGCCUUCCCCGAGACGCUAAUCCCGGCCUGGGAAGAACUCGACCGCGUCGUGGGGCCCGAUCGGAGCCCGCACUUCGACGACGAGCCGAACCUGCCCUACGUUCGCGCCUUCGUUAAGGAGGUCUUCCGGUGGAGGUCCGUGGCCAUUAUCGGCGGCCAGCCCCAUGCGCCUAUCGAGGAUGACUACUAUAAUGGCUACCUCAUCCCCAAGGGGACCUGGACGCAGGGGAACGUGUGGGCUAUUCAUCACAAUGAGCGCGAUUUUCCGGACCCGGACCGCUUCAACCCUUGUAGGUUCUUUGAUGGGGAUGAGAACCAUAGGCCGUUCCCUACUGAGCGUGGAUAUAUGACGUUUGGGUGGGGCCGGCGCGUGUGCUCGGGCCAGGCUUUAGCGGAGCAGGGGACUUGGAUUACCGUUGCUAGGCUGCUCUGGGGCUUCAAGAUUGCCAAGAAGACGAGGCCUGACGGAAGUGUCGUCGAGGUUGACAUUAACGCUUACACCAACGGUCUCAACAUGAGGCCUCAGCCCUUCGAAUGUGACAUCAUUCCCAGAUCGCCCGAGAUUGCCGCCACCAUUGCCCGCGAGGGCGAGCAGGCGCUUGCGGAUCUUCAGCAGUACAAGGGUGAGACCAAGUAUCGCAUGUCGACUUUCUAUUCCAGAAAUGACAGGGCCAUGGACAAGUACGGCGACGACAAAGUCGACGUCAAGGGGCAGUAA